AUGGAUCAUACCUCGGAUACCACGUCAGCAUCCCUUGGCGAUGUUCGUGCCAAUCAACAUAUCGCCCACUACGAUCCCCAGCAUGAUCUCAAUCAGCUACAACAACUCUUCAGCAAUGGCCUGUCGGCUUUAACAGCGGAUCAGUUUCAGGACGCCCAUGACACCUUCGAUCAGCUACAAGACCACAUUGAAAAGAACGUCAUCCCCGCCUGCAUGGCCUUGCGCGCUUAUACAUGUCAGAGACAAGAGAGCUAUCAAGAAGGGCUGAAUAUUGCGAAUGAAUACACUUCAAAGAAGAGUGAGGAUGUGGAUGGUUACUUGCUUUCAGCCAACAUGUAUCUAUUGAACAACAAUCAGCGUGCUGCAGCCCUGGAUGUAUAUCGAAGAGGUGUGAAGCAUUGUGAUAAGCAGCAUCCUCGAUAUGAUGAUCUCGUCAAGCAUAAAGAUCGAUUGGAGGAGGAUAUCAAACGACAAAACUCGCACUUGAUCCGCAUACUACCUCGUGAAGUGCUUCAUACAAUAUUAUCAUACAUGGAGCGUUGGCAUAUGAUCGAGCUAGCAUAUACAUGUACAGCAUGGUACGAGUUGGUUAUGGACUGGCCUGGAUUCUGGUAUGAAAUUAUUGUCACAAAUGAUGAUCUUCUUGGUGAUCAAUCAGCAUGCCGGCGUUUCCUCAAUCGUGCGCCGCCUCAAUACGUACGCAAACUGGUGCACCGUGGAGGAGGCGUUCCCGAGCGUUUCCAAGGAUAUGCGUUUGAGAGGAUUGCCGAUUUCAGGUGGAAUUGGCUUGAAGAAUUAUCAAUCAGGUGUUGUAAUGAUGAAGAUCCCACGUUUUACUCACCAAUGGAAAUCAUCGGCAGCUGCAAAAACACACUCAAGAGAUUGGCAUUGAAACAUGACCGUGGACUAGCACUUAGCUCCUGCCUAAGAAUUUGCCCUAAUCUCGAAUACCUGUAUUAUGAAGAUAAUCAAUACACCGAUGAGGAUUACGAUGCUCUGGAUGAGGAAGAACCUGAACCAUUACCACCAGGACCUUUUCAACUUCGCCAGCUAGCCAUUGUAUGUGAGAUCACCAAUCUUGAUAUUCCUUAUAUGAUUACCCAAUGCCCACGACUUGAAAGCUUUCAUUUACGCUACCAAGAUCCAGAUAUUGAGGAUCAACUUCCAUGUAUUCUCAAAGCUCUAUAUGAACAUUGUCCCAAUUUGCACACAGUUGCCAUCAGCUCAGGCCCAGCUUCCCAUCGUAUCUCCUGGAUACCAGCAAAAGCACAGCAUGAUGAUAUUAUCGGAGGUAGUGGUCAAUUACGCGAGCUCACGUUCAAUGCGAACCCGACCGAUGUUAUGGAAGAUCUCAGAGCUAUGAUCGACAAAAGUACGACAUCACUUGUGAAAUUCGACGUUCAAGAUAAUCACCGUGCAGCUAUCUUAUACCAAACAUUGAUAACGGCUCAGAUAAACAACCUGCGAGAAUUAUGCUGCGCUCCUGUAGGCGAUCGGCCAACAUGGAAUCUACUCAAAACAUUGAUCGAAUCAUCACCUCGACUGGAAAAGGUGGUCAUUCCUAAUGGUGCGGCAUCAGAUACGAUUUUAUCAACCCUGACACAAUUAUCCAAUCUUGUUGAGCUACGAUUUCGUGUCGACGACCGAGUGUCACUCGAUGGUCUAACAUCGCUAUUUUCACAAUCAUCAUCACUCCAAAAUGUUCAUCUUCAAUUCGACUCGCGCUAUCCAGACGUUAGUAACUAUAAUGGGUGGGAUCUGUAUGACGUGUAUGAUGAAUCGUACAUUCCAGACAUCACUAUAUAUGAUAUAUUUCGAUCAUUGGCGGCUUCUCGUUCGCUACAAAAAUUGUGUUUUUCAACCAAUGCCUGGAAAGAACUUCAAAAGGGACCAAUUGAAUCAGUGGGGCGCGUAAUACGAUCGUCUCAGUCAAUCUUGCAGCAAGUGACCUUGGACAACUUUAAUAGUCACGCGAUAUUAUCAUUACAACUAUGGUCAAGCUUUACCCAACUACGACGUCUUGAGAUCAAGCCCGAUAGAAACGCAUUCUACAUUCGUUGGACAGAGGUAGACGAAAUCAUCAAUCAGAAUUUCAGUACCCCACAUCUGCGCAUUCAAUACGAGCACCAUAUGGGAAGUCGUAUCUAUUCUCUCAAAUCGAAUGGCCUUCCUAGUGAUAGAUCAUGA